AGCGAACUGACACAAAGACCGCGAGAAGAAAAGGCUCUGAGAGUCGCAGGGUGAUGACGUACAGCCUGGAAAAUGGAGAGAAAACACAUGUCAGCUUUUGCUCUGUAUCAGUCGAUUUCAACAGACCAGCCUCCUCCUGCUAAGAAGGCGUCCCUGCAGGUGGCAGAGAAGAAGAAAAAGAAAAAGGAGAAUGGGGCCAGUAAGCCCAACACAGUGAAAGCUCAGUUAAAGCCUGCGAGGAAGAAAAUACGAAAGAAGCCCCUGAAGAGAGAGGAGCACCUGAAGGAAUUUACAGACAAUCAGGAGGAGGAGGAGGAGGAGUGUGCCAGUGGAGACGGUGAGGAUAUCGAGGCUUUUCUCGCAGACCUGGCAAAAGUCAACAACAGCAGGGAGAGAGCGAGCAAGCUGUUCCAGUGGCUCAUCAACCCCAUCCCUGCCAAGUCCUUCUUCAGGGAAACAUGGGAAAAGAAGCCAAUCCUCGUUCAGCGUAACAAUCCGGAUUACUACAAGGGACUUUUCUCCACAGCAGAGUUUGAUCACAUUUUAAGACAGGAGGAUGUUCAGUACGGAGUGAACCUGGAUGUCACCAGCUACUCUAAUGGCCAGAGGGAGACGCACAACCCUCCGGGGAGAGCUCUGCCGUUCACUGUGUGGGAUUUCUACGAGGCUGGCUGCUCCCUCCGCAUGCUCAAUCCCCAGGCCUUCUCCUCCACAGUGUGGAACGUGCUGUCCAUCCUUCAGGAGCAGUUUGGCAGCAUGGCAGGAGCCAAUGUAUACCUGACACCGCCCGGAACACAAGGCUUUGCUCCUCAUUAUGACGACAUCGAGGCGUUUGUGGUUCAGCUGGAGGGGAAGAAACACUGGAGAGUGUACAACCCAAGGACAGAAGAUGAGGUCUUACCUGUGCUUUCAAGUCCAAACUUUAAUCAGGCUGAAAUCGGAAAGCCGAUCCUGGAGGUGGUGCUAGAAGCCGGGGAUCUCCUCUACUUCCCGCGAGGAUUCAUCCACCAGGGCGACUGCCUCCCGGAUGCUCACUCCCUCCACAUCACCAUCUCCUCCUUCCAGAAGAACAGCUGGGGGGAUCUGCUGCAGAAGGUGGUCCCGGCAGCAUUGGAAAUAGCGAUGGAGGAGGACGUGGAGUUCAGGCAGGGCUUACCUCUCGACUACCUGACAUACAUGGGAGUGCAGAACUCUGACAAGGAUGACCCACGCAGGACAAAAUUCUUCUCUCGGGUUGAGAGUCUGAUGAAGAAGCUAACAAACUACGCCCCGGUCGACGCUGCCGUGGACCAGAAAUCCAGAGACUAUCUCCAUGACUGCCUUCCUCCUCUGCUCUCUCCAGAGGAAUUGUCCAGCAGUGUGAAAGGAGCACGUACGCGAUGGGAGCGCGGGCAAGUUAUGGAUGUCGGCGCACACAUCACUACCCAGACCCGAGUCAGAGUUCUGCGUGCUGGAUGUGCCAGGUUAUGCAGCGAUGGAGAGGCAGUUCAUCUUUACCACACAAUAGACAACUCCAGAACCUACCACAAAGAGGAGCCCAAGAGUUUUGAAAUAAAAGCAGAGCACACGGAUGCCGUCGAGUUUCUGAUCCAUUCAUAUCCCAAAUUUGUGACAGUUGGAAGUUUUCCGUGUGAUUCUGCAGAGGACAGGAUCACUUUGGCUGAGCUGCUUUUUGAGAGAGGGAUAAUCCACACUGCAGAACCUCUUUAGUGGCCACAGACUCCUCAGUCAUGCUGACUGCAUGAAUAGAUUCAAAUUACCUUUGUACAAAACAAGACCUUCAGUGCAAACUCGUCCCAAGUCGUCUUCAUUAACUUUACUGGAAUAGUCCCUGUGAACUACCCAUUUAUAAAUUUACUCUGUUCAACAUCAAAUAAAGGAGGUUUUUUUUGUAAAAAA